CCCCGCCCGUGGGCGUCCCCGCGGCCUCUGCCAGAGCUCGUGCGCCCCGCUUCUCAGGCUCCGGGCAUCUCGGGUGCCCAGGCCUCCCAGCGUCAGCCGUUGCCACGCGGCGGGCUGCUUGUCGGGUGGCCCGCGGGCGGCCAGGGCUAGAGCGCACGGGCAGUGCCUUCGCCGCAGGGGCUCCGGCCGGAGGGCGCGGCGUUUCGGCGACCCUCCGUGGUCACACGGGCCAGGAGGGCGCGAGCCCGAAGCCGAGCGCCGCGCGAGCCGAAGGAAGGGAAAGGGGGUUUUUCCUUGGGAAAUGGCAAAGGUCCCCCCAGGGAGUGGGGUCCGGCGCACGCGGACGGAGAGCUGGAGAAGACUGCGGUGUGAGCACACCCGCCAUACGUUCUCACUAGGUGCGAUCCCGCUAGUGUUGGGGGGAAGGCCUCAGGUUAGAAAAGAAGUUCUUGUAGACCUCUCACGGGGGCGCCGCGGGGCAGCGAAGAGACUGCAUUUCCUAGACUAAACCUGGAGCAUCACUGGAGGCUGUUUGAGGGACCAUCUUUCUGGGGCAGUUGAUCCGGAAGGAAGGUAAAGGUGGGAAUGAAAAUGGGAGGCCAGUACCCGGCCGCAUAUUACCUUUUUGUUUGUUUUUUAAGAUUUAUUUAUUUAUUCAUGGUAGACAUAGCGAGAGACAGAGAGGGAGAGAGGCAGAGGGAGAAGCAGGCCCCAUGCCGGGAGCCUGAUCCCGGGACUCCAGGAUGGCACACUGGGCCAAAGGCAGGCGCUAAACCGCUGAGCCACCCAGGGAUCCCCUUACUUUGGAAUCCUUUGUGCUUCUCUGAUCCUUUCGGAGCAAGAGCAAAGAAUUAAACACAGGAGGUAAGAAUAGGCAUCUGCCUAGGUCAGUGGAGUAGGUUUCAGAGCAGGUUCAUUUCCUGGGAAUCUGAGUCAGGUUGAGAGUUAGUUUGUUCAAAGGCAGCGCUUCUUUCCAGGCUUCGAGAACCAGUGGACAGUAGUGCUCGUAGCAUGGAGAUCCUCACCAUCAGACCCAAGGCUGAGCAUGUAAUUGGAACUUCCUAAAGUGAAUAAAUGAAGUCUGCAGCCGUGGCCUUGCAUGCCACUGGUGGGCCUGAUUCAUAACAUGGGGGUGGAGGAUGUUGGGGGAGAAAAACUAAGAGACCCUGAGAAAGCAAGAAGAAAUAAGGUAUAAACUGGGGGAUAGUGAAUGAGGGUCGGUAAUGAUUUUUGUAGUUUGAAGUCUGUGCCAGAGUUGCUUCCCCUUGCUGUGGAGCCCACCAACGUGGCCCCAGCCUUUCCUUUUGAAAUCCUGUUCCCUGCCCGGGCACUGCUUGAAAAAUGCUCAGUGUACAGCUGGGAAGCGGUGAGAGAAAAGACUUGCGCUUGAUUCCGAGACACCGUGCAGCUGCCAUAGCGGGCCGAAUGGUUUUGCUGCGUGGCAGGCUGGAGUUAGUAAUGCUGCUGUUAUAGAUAACCAAUUCUCUCUUUUUGUUUUUUCCAUUUAUAUAGUCAUCACUGACUAAUUCCCUCAGUGAUGGCUGCCUUUCAGAAGGUUGCUAGAUCUUAGUCUGCAUUUGCCUCACAGCCUACUCAGGAUCAUAGUCUUUCCUGAACCUCUUAGUGCCUCAUAAUUACUUGUGAUCCAGAUGUGCAUAAGUGAGCAGUGUCUAGAAACGGCGAGGAAGCUGUGGCUCUGGUUGAAGAUAUACAGACUGGAUCUGGGCAAUAGGUGAGAAAAGGCAUUCAGAACCUGGUGAGUUUAGUUAUGAAGAGCUGAGGAACACAGGAAUCUGGAUAGUGCAGAGGAGCCAACUAGAGAAAUGCACAGUAGCCCUCCACCGCCCACCAGAAACUAUGCGCUACCUAGGGUGGUCCUGUUUCCUGUAUCUAUGGGGAGAAUUUCUCAUUUGCUGCAAUAAUGUAGACACUGAUAAAUUCAGUGAAUGUUUAGGGUCCCUAAUACAGAUGUAAAAACUCAGAUAGCUCCAACAGAAGGCCAGGGAAUGGCCAACUAUCCCUCACUCAGGAUUAGGGGAAUGAGUUGGUGAAUUAAAACCCAGAGUCUCCUGCUGAGAGGUUCCCUGAGUGCAGAUGCCAUGUGUUCAACAGUUAAGAAGUUGUAUCAGAGCUGCUCCUGCUGCCGGGUUUCAGGGGUCAGUAUGGGGCAGGUGAUGCUUUCACAAAGUAUGCACUUGUCAAAAAGAGACUAGGUCUGACAUCCAGUCAGCGUAACCAUAUUGUCCUUUUAGGAGAAGGGAGGUGAGAAAGGCACAGAAGGACAAAAGGAACAUGGCUUUGGUUGUGGGAUUUGUGGGCAGAAGACAAGUGAGAUCCCAGAGUCUGAGAGAGGCACAUAGUAAUGAGAAGUGUGGGUCAGAGGGACACUGUAGCCUGAGAGCCUCUGGUCACCAGGAAGUAGCUCGCUGGGUGCAGAGACUGCAUGGCUGCAACGGGAGGUGCUGGCUUCCAUCCUCAGGGACAAGGGAGACCUGUCCUUGGGCUGUGGGAGGAAGAGUGGUGCUGACAUAAUGUGGAGAAGGCAGAGCCAUGUGGUGGGGACACAUUAGGGUCCGAACUGAGGAAGUUCACAAAGGAUCCAUGUGAUUGGGUAGUUAGUGUGUGGAGGCAGAGUUAGGAGAGGUGAGGAGCGGGAGCCCCUGCAUGCUGAUAGUCAUCCUGCUCCAGAUACCCUCGCCCUCUCUCUGUGGUGAUGGUCUCUCCCUUGUGGCACCCACAUUUCACAGCCAAGCUGUUCAUGGGAGCAAACGGUAUAGGAAUGUAAGGGUUAAAGAGUGACCUGAAAUCUAUCUGGGAUGUGAAAGGCAGAGCAAGAAACAGGUGAGCAAGAAGUGAAGGUGAGAGGGAGCAGAGGAGGUUGGCAGCACUUGCCAGGACGCCAGCUGCCGCUGUGUACCACCUCUCAGUCACUUGAAGGACAGUUGUAAGCUUGGGACGUAAGGGAUGCAGGUGGCUCUGAGGGACCCAGGGAGCGUUGAGGUACCUGCAGUGUGUCACGUAUUGGGGAUUUCCCAGUGAACAGGGCAGGCGUGGCCCCUGGCCUGCAGGAGCCUGCACUCCAUGGGGGAAAGAGACAACAAGCAAAGGAAGGCAGAUACUUUCAGAGAAGUGCUCUAUGGGACCGAGCUGGCUGCUGUGCUGGAGAAUGACCCGGGGGGGAGGGGGGGGGGCGGAGGGGCCAGACAGGAAUGGGCGUGGCGUCUCCAAGGAAGUAUUCACAGUAUUGUACAAUCACCAUCUCUGUCCAUUUUCAAAACAUUUUCACCCCCAGAAAGGAAACCCUGUAACAAUAGGAAGUUACUCCUUAAUAUCUUUUUUUUUCAAUUUGCAUUUUCUGCGAUUUUGUACAAAGGGUAUCGUACGACAGAAUACUUUUCCAGCCUACCCUGCUCUUCCUUGAAACCCUGAAGGUGUCAAGCCUGCAUCACUACUUUGCUCCUUUUCAACACUGAAUAAUACUCCACUAUGGGGACAGACCAAGGCUCUGUCUUUUCUACAUCUCUUCCAGUGAAGCACUGUGGUUGCACACAUUUCAAGACCACCCAUAAUCGUUUCUGCCUUUCAUGCUUAAUUGAAAACUCCCAUUAUAGGGUGCUCAGUAACUUUUUUAUAAUUUUAUUUAUAAGUAAUCUUUACACCCAACAUGGGGCUGGAACUCACAACCUCAAAAUCAAGAGUCACAGCCUCUUCUGACUGAGCCAGUUGGACAGCAUGCCUACUCGGUAACUUUUCUUUAUUCAGUUCAAACCCUAGAGGAAACCAUUGCAUGUUCACACUGUCUGUGUUGUCUAUCUUCUGUUUAUGAAAUGGAAAACUAGCAGGUGUAUUUGCUAUACUGUUUUCUAAGCAGAUGAAACAAUAUCAGUAUAAAUCUUAGCAUUUAAUUUUUUAAUCUUUGGGCAUAUCACCACUGGUGUGUGGCUUCUGAAACUUUGGGGUUGAAUGUGAAGCGGGGCAGGACUUACCAUGUGCCUAAUUCUGUUUCUGCUCUUCACCCUGCCUUCAGGCUGCUCAGAUCCCAAGUACUGUAACCUCCUCAGGCUCACAGACUUGUGGUAUCCCCUAAAGCUCCAUUAUUUGUCUACAAAAAAGAAGCAUUUCCUUCCUAGAUUCUUAAAGAGGGAUUUCUGGAACAGAAUAUAUUCAGCUAGCCUGAAAAAAAAGGAAAGGCUUGAGGUACUGUGAUGCUUUUAGGAAUACUAAGGUCAUCUCUGGGUGGUGGGGCUCAGAGCUUCCCACUUCAUUAAUUUUUUUUUCUAUAAUGUACAUAUACUGCAUUAGAAUGAAAAUAAGGUGUUUUUUUCUUUUUCAAAUAAAUACCUAUUAUGCCAACAGUUGGUGAAUGGAACCUCAUGAAACAGAAGCCACAGGUGCUAGUAGUGGUCCUCAGACUUUAUUAUGCUCAUACUCACUUGGGGGGCAUGUUGAGGCAUGCCUCCUGCCCCCCUGCCCGGAGCUUCAGAUUCAGUGCGGGGAGGUGGAGCCAAGGAAGAUGCCUUGUAACGGGUUCCCAAUGCUGCUGGACUGUGACCCCACUCAGAGCCCCUGCUCGUGGCAGCGGCCCUCCACCAGAGGCUGUUUUCUCCCCAAGAACCUGGCCCAGAAGAGGGGUUUUGAGACCAGGAGACAGGCACUGGCUUUCGGCAGCUGGGGCCCAGGGACCGGUCCCAUGUGAGGACAGAGCCGUAUCCCUCUGUCAGGAAGGACAGACGCACGUGGGCUUUGCACAGAGGGCCCUCUACAAGGGGGUGACAUGGAAGAAGGACAGAAAGAACUCUCUGGGUCUUGAGAUCAAGAACAAAACUAAAAAGGAGAAUCAGAAAUGGGAUGGUUUGGGGCAAGCAGAAGCGAAGAAGACCCUAUGGAGAAAGUCUAGUGAGACGUUUUGGCGCCCUGAGCCCAAGAGAGGCCAGAAAGGCGAGCCUCUGUUAAGAGGGCAGUGGAAAUGCCCUGCAGGGGAGCAAGAGGGGAGACCCCCAUCCCAGGAGAGGUGGAGUCAGCAGAUACUCCGUGCUGGGGAGAAGGCCUAUGCCCAUGUCCUAAGCCUGGGAGAUGGCUCUUGGGGCUCUCCCUGUCUCCACCAGCCAGUCGCUCAAGUGGAGAAAUCAUCGAAGUGCCAGCAGUGUGGGAAAAGCUUUAGUUGAGGUUCUUACCUCGUUCGGCACCAGAGAAUCCACACAGGAGAGAAGCCUCACAGGUGCAGGGAAUGUGGGAAAGGCUUCAGCGAGCGCUCCAAUCUCACUGCCCACCUAAGGACACACACGGGGGAGCGACCCUACCACUGUGGGGAGUGUGGGAAAAGCUUCAACCAGAGCUCCAGUCUCAUUGUACAUCUUCAACCAGAGCUCCAGGACCCACACUGGGGAGAAGCCUUACCAGUGCACCACCUGUGGGAAGAGAUUCAACAACAGCUCCCAGUUCAGUGCUCACCGGCGAGGCCACGCAGGGCAGGGCCCCCACCCAUGUGCACAGUGUGGGAAAAGCUUCAAGAUCAGCUCCCGUUCCAGUGCCCAGCAGAAGACACGCUGGGGAGAAGCCCUCCACGUGCUCUGGGUGUGAGAAAAGCUUCCCCAAGAACCCUGUCCUCAUCCGCCAGCAGGGGGCACACAGAGAAGACACACUCACACCCCAAGAAGGGACACGGGCUAUGAGGGUGUAGGAAAGCCAACAGAUCAGUUCUGUAGUUUGAGUCUCUCCUGGAACUUCCAUUGGUUUCUGGAUGGGGCCUACAAGUAUCCUAAACCAAUACAGACAACUAGCAGCUGCUCUAGGUCUUUCUACCUGAGAAGAGGUCCUGCUUUGUAUCCCAGCCACUCACAGAAGAGGAAAGCAGGAAGGAUGGGUUAAGCCACAGGGGACAGCUACUCUAAGUGACUUACUCUCAGAGCAAGCAUGGUAUCUGGGUUCCUCUUUCUAAGAUUUCUCAUCUACAUCACCCCCAUCCAGGUUCCUGCUUCCUUGUCAGUUAUAUUUAAUGGUUUCUACAGGUUUAUAUGCAUUACUAUUUCUAAUGAAAAUAAAGGUGUUCCCCCUUCCACUCUCUUAA